CAGUACGUACCCGGAUGAAGCCAGUCGCCAUCUUUACUCUAGCCUAGCGCUGCGCUACCGGUCGGGCGGAACACCACUCAUAGACCCAGUUGGUUUUUAGGAUCCCCUCACAAGAUUUGGCACACCACCUUGAUUUUCACUAAAGAUUUGUUAGUUUGAUUAGUUCGCUGCUCUACCUGCAUCUCGAUACACAAUGGGAGAGCGAGAUGACCAAGUUUAUCAGGCAAAACUUGCCGAGCAGGCAGAGCGAUAUGACGAAAUGGUGGUGUCAAUGAAGAACGUGGCAGGCAUGAAUGUGGAGCUCACAGUGGAGGAAAGGAACCUACUAUCAGUGGCCUACAAGAAUGUGAUUGGAGCUCGGAGAGCCUCUUGGAGGAUAAUCAGCAGUAUCGAACAGAGAGAAGAGAGCAAGGGUGGAGAAGAGAAACUGAAGAUGAUCCGGGAAUACAGGCAAACGGUUGAAAAGGAGCUGAAGUCAAUCUGUGGUGACAUUUUGGAUGCACUGGAAAGGCACCUACUCCCCUCUGCUGUCAUGGGAGAGUCUAAGGUUUUCUACAAUAAAAUGAAGGGUGACUACCACAGGUACCUGGCAGAGUUUGCCACUGGCAAUGACAGAAAGGAGGCAGCAGAGAACAGCCUGGUGGCCUACAAAACUGCUACUGAUCUAGCCAUGUCUGAGCUGCCACCCACACACCCCAUCCGCCUUGGUCUUGCCCUCAACUUCUCCGUCUUCUACUAUGAGAUCCUCAACUCACCUGACCGUGCUUGCAGGUUGGCGAAGGCUGCUUUCGAUGACGCCAUCGCGGAACUGGACACACUGAGUGAAGAAAGCUACAAGGACUCCACACUUAUCAUGCAGUUGUUACGUGACAACCUGACACUAUGGACUUCAGAUAUGCAGGGAGAGGCUGAAGAACAGAGCAAAGAGGCACUGCAAGAUGUUGAGGAUGAGACCCAGUGAGACUAUGCCACCGACAGCCAACAACUUGAGACCCUUUCCUCACACUCCUUGUCUCCCCCCAAAUCCUCCUCACUUCCUGUGAGUCACCUUCCUCUUCCCUUUCUCUCCUCCUCUUUCUCCCACCUCUGGAGCCCUGUGACCCAAUAGGGCCACAGACUUUACGGCAAGUUUAUUUUUCUUUUCUUUUUUUAUUUUUAUAUUAGCCCUUACAUCAUUCAAGUAAAUACCACUUAAUUGAGACAGGAAAUACAAUGUUAGAAAGAGUCCCUGGAUUAUUUUACCUUAUUUUUUCUGUCCUGGUACAAGCGGUUCUGAAACGUUAUCUUUGUUUUCAUUAUUUUUGUUUCUGCUUUUUCCUCAAUAUUUUUAUCAGUUUGCUGGAUGUAUUGAGAAUCUUUUUCUUAAUGUAAUUACAGAAAUUAACUUUUAUUACUGAUAAUGUUGACUAUUAGUUAUGGGAGCUGUUUUAUCUCAGUUUUUAGUGAAAUGUCAUGCAAAUCAUUUUACCUUUUUAUGGGCAAUUUGGAAAAGUACAAGUGCCCUUUUUUGUUGACAGGUUUUCAGAGGAAGUUGGCAAAAUUCGCGAUAUCCAUGUGGGGCAAAGAAGUGCUUAACUUUUAUAACAUAGUGAUUCUGUUGUGUUUUUCUAGUUGUCUUUGGACUGUAACUUGUGCUGAAAUACUGUAACUGUGCACACAUGCUGAAUCUCUGAGGGUGGGCUAGCUGGUGGUUUUAAUUUAAAAUUAAAAAAAAGAAUUGGGAGAUUUAUUUUUCACUUGUGUAAGUGCAGUGUCAAUUUGGCCCCGCUUCUCAACAGAGAGCCCCAAAGUCAAGAUUGUCCAUGCUUGCAUGAGUUAACACAUUUUCUUUUCUGCUGCUUCUCCCUAACUUUUCUCUAAAGAUCCUCUAGGUUCAAAGGGUUUAUUUUCUGUUGCCAUUCGCUUAGUUUUCUCUUCUUGUUUUGUUUCAUUAUGUGUAACUUGGAGCUGAUUUGUACUACUGGAUAUCUGACUGGAGCCACAGACAGGGAAUCUGUAUUGUUCUUACUGAAUCACAGCAUGGAAUUAACAUUAAACAAUCUAAAUUAAA